AACAAACUCAUUGGCAAAAGCUGGUACUUUGGCCGGAUGAAACGGUACAAGGCAAACCAGGAGCUCACAAAAAGAGGGGCAGUCGGAGACUUCCUGAUUCGAAACAGCGAGUCAUCAUUGGAUCCAGACCAGUCCCACUCUGGGUCCCAGCCUCACUGGUUCCACACCCUGCAGGUCAGGCGGUUCCGAGUGCAGCGAGGACGCAGCAACAGCGACCCACUGGGAGGGAAUACCUGUGAGGACCAUUUUACCUGGAAACCAGGUCUCCAGUUUGGAGCAGCUCAUUCUUACCUGAGUCUGGAAAAACUGGGUGAGGGAGCGUACGCCUCCGUCUACAAAGGAAUCAGUAGGAUAAACGGACAGCUGGUGGCUCUGAAGGUGAUCCGUAUGAAGACAGAGGAGGGCAUCCCGUUCACUGCCAUCAGAGAAGCGUCUCUGCUCAAAGGUCUAAAACACGCCAACAUCGUCGUCCUCCAUGACAUCAUUCACACCCGAGAGUCUCUGACCUUCGUCUUUGAAUACGUGCAGACAGACCUGGCCCAGUAUCUAAGACAGCACCCCGGAGGACUGCACUCACACAACGUCCGGCUCUUCAUGUUCCAGCUGCUGCGAGCUCUCUGCUACAUCCACAGCCGGAGGAUCCUCCACAGAGACCUGAAGCCUCACAACCUGCUCAUCAGCUACCUGGGAGAACUGAAGAUGGCAGACUUUGGUCUGGCUCGGUCCAAGUCCAUCCCCAGUCAGACCUUCUCCUCCGAGGUGGUGACGCUGUGGUACCGCCCCCCCGACGUCCUGCUGGGCUCCACAGAUUACUCCACCGCUCUGGACAUGUGGGGAGCAGGCUGUAUCUUCGUAGAGAUGCUGCAGGGGACUCCAGCGUUCCCGGGAGUCACUGAUGUCUUCGAACAACUACAGAAGAUCUGGACAGUCCUGGGCGUCCCCUCUGAAGACAGCUGGCCUGGAAUCAGCCAGCUGCCCAAUUAUAAACCAGAGUGGUUCCUCCACUCCAAACCCAAACAGCUCAGGACCGUUUGGAAAAGGUUGGAACAGCUGCCCUAUAAGACCGAGGACCUGAUCCAGAGGAUGUUGAAGGUGGUCCCUACAGACCGGAUCUCAGCACAGGAGUCCAUGCAGCACCCGUACUUCAGCACGCUGCCUCCACCCAUCAUGCACCUGAGAGACACAGUGUCCAUUUUCAAGGUGCCCGGCGUUCGUCUGGAGACAGAGGUCAGAGACAUCUUCAACCCUGGAAGGAGGGUCAGGCCCUCCCUGCUGCCCACUGCCAAGUGCUGGUGAACAAACCCUCCAACCAUCAACAUGCAAGGCAACUAAAGGGGUGAACGAACCCUCUGACCAUCAACCCGAUGAGACGAUCGAAGGGGUGAACAAAUCUUCUGAUUAUCAACUCGCAGGACAAUCAAAGGCAUGAUCAAACCAUUUGACCAUCAACCUGUAAGAUCACUGAAGGGGUAAACAAACCCUUACGUCAUAAACCUGAAAGACGAUAGAAGGGGUGAACAAACCUACUAUUUCAUGUUCAUUGUUCAUUCUCAUAAUUGUUUAAUAAUUGAUAAAUAUGUAUUUGUAUUUGUAAUUGAAUUCUAUUUAUAAGAAUAAUAAUACGUAUUAUUAUUAUUAUUAUUAUUAUUAUUAUCAUUAAUAUUUUCAAUCAUUUUGUUAAAUUAGCAUUGUUAGCAUUUGUUAGGAUUUCUUAGCAUUGUUAGCAGAUUUGAUCACUUGUUAGCAUUAGGAAGCAUUUGUUAGCUUUGUGUUUCCUUCCACUGUUGAACGCCGAGUUAAACAACGACAGAAUGAAGUCGUGAUCUUUCACAGUGAAACACUGUUGAUAGAAAAAAGCAUUAAAAACUAAAAAACUUAACUUUUCAUGAACAUAAUUUCUUGUUUGUCACAGAGUGAAUUUUGGACUUUCGGUUGACUUUUGACCUUUUAAUGCCGGAACCAAGAGACGUUUUCUAAAGGGAGUCUGGUGCUACUGUGAAGACUCGAAUCACAAACAGAUCCGAAGUAAAAAGUUGAUCAAUACCGCAGAGGAGGUCUUGUUUUUCACUUUGUUUGUUUGUUUGCUGGAUUAAUUAUUCUUUGCGCGGCGUUUGGGGAGUUCAACUUUAUUCCAGUUUCAAAUUUUUAUGAUAAUUAGUUUUGUUUGCAACGGAAUCGCUUUGUUCGUGCUCGUUUCACCGCCGCUCUCUUUGUUCUCGUGUUUGUUUUUGUUCGUGUCAAACUGAUUGAAUUUAUACGAUUCAAAUUUAUUUUUUGUUCGAUUUGACAAACUUCGCUAACAACAAAAUGUUGUUUGUUGUAAUUUGACUGACAAGAAAUGGGAACUUUGAUUUAUCGGAGAGAUAAAAGAGAAAGUCCGAGGUGUUUGUGCAUAAUUAAGUCUGUUUGUGUAUCAGCGUACGACUGAUGAGAAAAUGUAUUCAC